UUUAGUUGUGAAACUUUGAAUACACUUUCCUACUGAGAGUAUCUAUAGUUUUUAGGUCAUAAGUAACUACCAACAACACCUUUAUCUAUCUAAGACUUUUAAUUUGUUAGUCACGAAGCUUAGAAAUAACAAACUUGUCAUCGCUUAAAGAAUAUAAUAUUUGUGUAUUCUAAUUGAAUUUUUAGUAAAAAGAAAAAGUGCUUAUCAUAAACGAUCAUUUAUCAACGAGAAAGUUUUAUUUGUGAUUCCCUCCCAAAUCGUUCAUAGAACAUUCUAAGUGUACCUUCGUUUUUCAUUUGAAUCAAAAUGAGUGUUUUUUAAACAAAAUUGUAUGAAAACAUCUGUAAUGGAUUUAAAAUCGCUCGUCAAAUGAAAAUGUGUGUGUGUGUUUUUUUUUAUCAACUUUUUUAUUUUUUAAUUAUUGUUACCUUCAAAUGCAGUUAAUGUGUCUUCUAAUAUAAUAAAUCAUAUCAAAUGAUAGCUCGUACUUAUUCUCGAAGACUGAGCAAUGUCAUUCUCUUUUAAUAAACUACGAUCACUCAUACCGGGUCAAAAUUCUUCGUCAUCAUCGAAUAAUGGUGCUAAACAGAGACAUUCGGUGAGUUUGGAACCGGAAAUAGGGUUUCAAAUUUUCAUCGAAUCAACGCCACAAUCAUUACCGGAUGGAGCCGCUGCCGAAGGUGUACGUGGUGGUGGCGAUGGUAGUGUAAUGGUGCCGGAACUUAAUGUGUUGUUAAUUUCGGCGCGCCAUCUACCAACUGUGUUUGGAUUUAAAAUAGUGCAAGGAUAUAAUAUUAAGGUGAAAUUGUUUCCUGGGACGAAGAGGUACGAUAGCAGUAUUCAAACUAAUUCAUGGCCAAAAUUUAACGAGAAUUUUAAAUUUCCAUUGGCACCCGAUAAAAAACCAUCGAUAAAAAGUUACAUGAAAGGUAGAAGAGUAUCAGAGUUUUUACCCGAAGAACUAUUUGCUGGACAUUUUGUUGUAUUUACUGUGUAUGCUCUUUUGGAACUUCCACCAGCGAGUCUUAAUAGAUUUAAUAAAACCUACCGAUCUCUGAGAGAACGAAGCUCUUCGCUUGUUCAAAAAGUUGUUGAUUCAAGUGCCAAACCAAAAGAUGAUGAUGCUUUUGCUAAAAAUUCUAAAGUUACUAAUUCAAAACAACAAGAAACUGUACAGCUUACAAGUAGUGAAGCUAAAAGAAAUAUUGGAUCUGUGACUUGUUAUUUAGAACCAAAAGUUUUUAAAAGAAACACAAGGACAGGACAAUUUUGUACUGAUGAACUUUGGCUGCCAAUAAAGGAUAUUACAACAACAGUAUUAAAAGACUCUAAUAGUCUGACACAGUCACCAAAGGGGGUUGUCGAAAUAAUUCUUGAGCUGCAAGAUUUAAUUAAAGAUGAAAUAAAAGAUGCAGCUCCGACAACUCCAACAGAUGGCACCACUGUUGACCAAAAACCCAAUCCACCAGUGAAAACCUCCAAUAGCACUAAGAUCUCCUCAUGGCCUGGUCUAUCCGAGGUAAGGAGGAAAAUGGGAAAAUCCAAUCCGAAACCGGAGAAGGGUCUUCUACUAAAAGUAUCAACAUCAAAAAUGCGAUGCUCCAAUAAGGUCAAAGAUGAGCUAGAAAGUUCAGCGGGAAGUGUGUACAUAAAAACGACAGUUUUUGAGCAUAAUAUUUAUUUGGAUUCUUGGAAGUCGGAGUUCUUUUUUCCAUCACUUUCAACUAAAUGGGAUUUGAAUGUUUCAACAGUGACAAUCCCAGUGAAAUUACCAGAAGAUCUUAAUAAUAUUCUCAUAAAGACCACACUAGCAACGAAAAAUAAGUUAGGAAAGAAAAUGUUCCUAGGAACUGUGAUAAUCGGCCCCACAGUGUCUGGUUCAGGCUUAGAACAUUGGCAGAGUGUGGAAUACAAGAGAAACGAAAAAAUUCCUAUGUGGCAUAGUUUUCAAUAAAGAAAAAUUAUUAGAAAUAUUUGUUUA